GUUUAAUUAGUUUCGUUUUGCACAACAUUCUUAAAGACUUAAAAUGGCUUCGAAGAAGAAACGUGUUGUGCAACUUGAUGAAAAAAUGCAGGCCGACGAUGUCGUCGCCGAUGAUGAAGAAGGAUCAAGUGACAUGGAUGAUGAUGAUGACAGUAGUGAUGGUGAAGUUAAUGAAGAAAUUCAAGUAGAAUUUGAAGCUAGAACAAUUGAAGACAGUGAUUUUCAUGGAACAAGAGCACUGCUUCAGCAGCUGUUUUUAAAAGCCAAGAUAGAUUUAUCUGAGAUGGCCAACACAAUCAUAUCACAGAACUAUAUAGGAAGUGUUAUAAAGCAAAUAGAUAUUCCAGACAGUGAUGAUGAAGAUGAUGACAUGGGAGAAGGUGACCCAGUUCUUGGUUUAAUUACAGUAAUCAACAUCAAUGAAAAACAGAAUGUGGAGUGUGUUAAACAGUUCAGGUCAAUGUUAAUGGAGAAAUGUCAAGCAUGUUCACAACAACAAAAAGAAAGGUUAUCACAGAUAUUGUCUGAUGCAGAUCAACAAGUAGGAUAUCUGAUAUCUGAGAGAUAUAUCAACAUACCACCACAGAUAUCUGUCCCCAUGUAUGAAUCGCUGUUCAAAGAAAUGGAGAAAUGUACCAGAAAGAAAAUGAAAUAUGAAUUCAGUCACUAUAUAUUAAUAUCAAAGUGUUACAGACCAAAGGGUUCAGAUCAGCUGUUUUAUACCAAUGCUGAGGAGGAGUUAAUAUCCAAGGAGUGUGAAUUUUCCUUCAUUUACUCUGUUGCAUCAGAGCGGGAUACUGUGGUGGAUGGGAAGUGGGAUGCUGAAGAUCAGAUGGAGGCUUUAAGAACUGUACUUGUGAUACCAUCAGAAAAUCUACAAACAGCUGUAGCUAACAUUAAAACAGCUUUAGCUGCUACUUAAAAAUAAAUUUUAUCUUGUCUUAGAUGCAUAGUUUAUUGAUAAUUUUAAGGAUGCUUUCCGCUGACAUUUAAUUUAUUUCUUCAGUGUUUUAUAAGCCCUGUGGCUUUUCUUAGGAUGCAAUGCAUUUAAGUAUUUGGCCCACAACCUGAUAUUUGUCAGUACUGUGGAUUCACUAUUAUUCCUGGGAUACCAAUUUUUAAGAUUUUAAAGAUACAAUAUUUAAACAUUCAACGGAUUACCGAUUUUCUUGAUUUAUAUGCAAUAUUUGACACAGGCCAUGAAAUAAAUAUCAAUAAAAAUGCAAGCUGUAUUCACUCUGCAAAAAAGUUAGUAUCCACCAAAUAAAUGAAUCCACAGUUUAUUGAAACAUUCAUUUAAACAUUUGUCAAUACCUGUAACAUUUACUUCAUAUUUCAUACAUUUGUUAAGCAUUCGUUGGACAGAAUGGUGAUUUCGUUUUUAAUAAGCAAGUCUUAAUAGUCAAGAAGGAAAAACUUGUUUAGUGUUUAGCUCAUCAGGCUUUUUUCUGCUAUCUCUGACUUAUCAUCUGUCUGUUAACAUUUUACUUAUUGAUCUACCACAAAACAGAAUGAAAGUAAUCUUGACAUACAUGUGCCCUACAAUGUACUCUCAAAGAGGUUGUUAGUUUGAAUCCUACAUGGGGUAGGUGGGCUUGAUACAAUUUUAACUGUCUAGGAUUUUUUUACCACUGAAGGUCUGUAGUUGUCUCUGUCUAACCAAUAAACUUACUGCCAUUUCAGGAAAGUGGCAUUUAACACCAAUCAGUCAAUCCUCUCCAAGAGCUGUGACUUUGGUGUUGAUUAUUUAGCAAAUAUGAACACCUUGACCUUUUCUAAUUUCUGAUGUGCUUGAUGUGCUGGACUUAGAAAUCUUCUUGAGAACCAUUGAGUUCAGAACCAGACUUCAAUGAAAUGUUCAUAUGAAGGCCAUUUACAAGUGUAACUACUUUUGUGUCAAGCAUUAAUUAAAAAUGGAUUUCAGUAGUGAUCAAAUUUUAAAUUAAAACAAAUGUUAGCAUACAUGAAGUUGCAUUUAUUUUUAUUUUCAAUUACAAUUGAAGUGCAAUAAAACAAAACCAAGGCUUCAUGUUGAAGGCUGUAUUUUUACCUAUAGUUGUUUAUUUUUACAAAUUGUGAUGCUCUUGGAUGAAGAGUUGUCUCAUUGGCGCUCAUACCACAUCUUUUUAUAUCUAUGAAUGUUCUUUAGAGAGUACUUAUUUAGUGAUGUUAAUUUUGUUCUGAUGAAAAGUCUAAUGUGGGUACAAGUGUUUCUAUACAUAUUUUUGUGAAGAAUCAUUCCAAAGGUGAGGUUUUUUUUAAUUGCAUGUCCAAACUAAGCUUUCAUAUUAUUUUCUUAUAGUAAGUCUAUUAACAUGAGAAAUUUUAGAGUCUGACAUCUGCUUGAAUUAAGAUAUGUUAUAUUCAGUAAAAUUCAUGUAAUAAAGCGUUGCAUACCAAGUUUCUAUGGGAUAUAGUCUAAAACCAAUGAUUUUUUUGAAAUGUUGAUCUAAGAAUUAGAUAAUGUCUUAAUGUUAUUCAUGAGGUUAUUCAACUGUUGCAAUUUGAUACAAAGUCAGAUUAUUUUUUGUGACCUCAUUGUCUUGUGUUUCAUUGGUUUUAAUCUCUCUUCAUCUAUAUGGCUCUAUAGUUUGUGUACAUUCAGCUGCAAAAUUUAAAUUGUUUCUGAAGUUUUAAAGGAUUUCUACAUUAGCAUUGUAUGAACCUAACCAUAUGCAAUACAUGUAUCACAAUCAAGAUGAAUUUUAUAUAGGGUUUAGGAAUCAGCUUAAUGUGUAGUAACAAUUAACUUUGCAGCACAAGCAAUAAUGCUGUGAUGUUUUUUGUACACGUCAUUUGUCUGCAUUAACAUUUUUUCUUACAAUACCAAAUUUUUUAUUUGGCCUAUCUUAAUAAAAUGUUCAUUGGCCGAAAACACAACCUGGUUGUGAUCUUCUGGUUAGUUUCACUGCCUUUUCUGAAAAGCAAUACCUGAACAGUUAUUUUGACUUUGUAAGAUGUAUUAUUAUUCCCAAACUGCCAUUUCAGUGGCCAGAUGCUAAAUCCAAUAGACCUUACUGCAAUUGUACAUUCAUGGUUACAGAUCACUCUUGAUAAUGAGGUCAAAGGUCAGGGUAACUAUUACUAAAACCAGUAUAUCGAAAUGUAUGCAGAAAAGUGUUUCCAGAUGCUAAAUUAAACGCCUCAAAGGCUUGUAUAUACGUUCAAAUUUCACCGUCAAACACAAUGGAAGGAAGUAUUCUACUGACUUGUAGGUCACACACCGAAUGUCAAGGUCAAAUUAAGGCUUUUAAAAACAGACAUGUAUAGAAAAGUGGUGUCUGGAGAGUUCAUCAAACACCUAAAAUGGGUUAAAGAUGCAGUAAUGUUUGCAUUGAAACCCAUGGGAAAUCAUAAUUUUAUCUUUCCUUGAAACAUCCACUAACAAUGUAUGGAAUGAUUUUCACACGAAAGCAUUUUAUUCAUCCCAAUAUUUUUAAUAAACAUGGCUGCAAAAGGUCGAUCUUGAUUCUAAUCUGUAAAAAAAUCAAUCUUCUCUGAAACUAUUUCACCAUAUCUUCAAAAAGUUUAUGGGAAUAGCUAUAGGAAGACCCUGUACAAAGAAUACGAAUUCUAUAUCCAAUAAGUGAAUCUUUAUUCCUUUUCUCUGUAAUUACAGAGAUAACCUACAUUAAUCUAACAUUAAAACAUUUCAUUUAUUCAUAAAUCUCAAUUAGUUAAACAUUGGCGGUUCCUUAUCCUUGUUGGUCAUUGAGCAUUUUAGGAAAUAAAAUCUAUAAUACCAGGGGCCUGGGCUGCCAAGUCUCACGCAUGUUCAUGAUUAUUUGGUGGCAUUUUCCUUUGAUCUAUUGUUUUUUCUCUUUGAUCUUUUCAAUUUUGACCAAAUCUCACGCAUUUGCUUCAUGAAAAGUUGGCAGAACUGCAAUACUUCAGCGGACUGAGAUACAGUUGAGUUAUAAAGGAUCUACACUAGGUAGCGGUGUUUCACAUUGUCUAAGGCUACAGUUACCUAUAAUUGCUUACAUCUACUUCAUUUUAACUUUUGUUUUUAGCUGUCUCAUUCGCAAUCAUAUAACAUCUUCUUAUUUUGAUACAGAGUAAUGUAGUAUUUCACUUGAUACCGGUUUCCAUUUUUGGCACUUGAGCUUUUGUGUGUACUGCUUUUAAAUGUAUGUAAUUUAUUGAUGUGAUAAAAUAAAAUAUAGAAAUUAUA